ACUUCACGCCCCCUCGAUUCAUUCCGCCGUCUUGCUGCCCUAACAAACACAUUUGAUACCAUUUGCACCCACUGCCUGCCUACAUUUGUCAACGUUGCCGCCAUGGCCGCGGAUUCUGUAGAGAAGAAUGGCCGAAGUGCUGAUGCCAAUGAGGCACCACCGUCGUACGACAGUACCAAUGCGGCCCCACCAGAACUGGAUGAUAUUACCGCUGGAUUCGCCAACUUGAAGCUCUCCCCAGGCCCGCAGGACCCCAACACCGACACAUGCUUGGCACAUCUCAAGCUCCUGUACGCCUUCCAGACGCUGAAAGAGGAUAUAGGAUACACAGAUGGGCUCUGGGGCCUGUGGAACACUCGGGCAGAGGGUGUCGACCUCACACCCAAUCCCGACGCCAAGUUAUCCGACGCCGGGAACGGCGCAUCAAGCAAUGAGCAACUGAGCCAUGACCAAGAGCGGCAACUGGCUCUCAGUCAAGUGAGGGAAAAACGAUGGGCAUUGUUUGUCGCGCGCGCAGUCGAUCGGUAUGAAAGCUGGUGGGGUUCUAUGAAGGAUGGGCUUCCCCUUCAAGAGACAGAUAUGGACUAUGAUGGAUCAGUCGCAUAUGACCUCUUUCCUAUGCCAAUGCAAGGCGUCUUGUGGAAGAACGAGUCACUGCCACCCUUAGAUGUUUUGCUUGUCUGGCAUGCACACAUGCUCAACCCACGGGCCUACCUCGAGGAUUGCAUGCGAGCAGGUCUCCGAGAUCUUUGGUCUCACGGCAUGCCUUGGCAUCUUGUCAACGCCGCGAUCGAUUCUAGUUUUAAUUAUAUCGUUUCCGACGACGUCAAGGCUGUCUGGGUUGCUAAAACCGAGCGACCGUGGGAGAAUGUCGACGAUAGCCCUGUCAAGACGGUGGUAUGUCCUCGUUGUCAAACGCAUCUGGAUAUUCCAUGGACAACUUGCGGGGCAGAUGAGACGGCCAAGGCGUCCUCUCUACCUUCCCUUGUCGGCUCCGGUUAUGGCGACGGCUCCCUCGACUACACAUGCCAUGGUUGCGCUCUAAACAUGGACAAAAACUUAUUGAGCGUCAUCAAGUUCAGGAACGACACGAAAAGACUACUGACAAAAGGAGUUCCCAUGCCUGGAACUAUCCUGGAUCCUCAAUCCGGCAAGCCAGAGUCUUACCGGAGUAGGGUCACGCAAGCUGCAUUCGACAGACAUCAUGAUCCGAUCAGGCUUCCCAACCGGUUAGUUCAGCAAGUGAUUUGCUUCCAACUCGAUGAGAUCAUCGCAAGCUCCAGACCAGCCUCCAUGGAGAAGAUUCGCCAAGAGAUAGAAAGCGCCCUUCAAGAUCGUGCCAGAGUGAACGCCCUGGUGAUGAAGACUUCGGGACACUACAAGCUUGGCACAAGACUGGUCCCCAAGUCCCGUCUUGCCAUUCGAAAAAUGAUGAGCCGUUACUGGGACAAUUUCUCCCCGUUCGCACUUGACCUGUCCGGAGCCGUGAUGCGACAGGGCAUCUUCGUGGAGAAGAUGUACCGCCUCGACUGGUUGCACUCGCCCGUGGCUUCGCAGACCAUGGCUCGGAUCUGCACCAAAUACAUGAGAUUCCUCAAGCUGAUGGAUAAUAAUUUUGGCAAGUUGUGCGUCCCGACAUUAGACGUGGAUCUAGGAUGGCAUACCCACCAACUUUCGCCCUCAGCAUACUACACAAUGACCACUUCAUCUGUCCAGUCCAAAUUUGUCGACCACGACGACAAGAUCAAUGAAGAUGAGCUCAGCCAAGGGUUUGAAUGGACGAGUAAGACGUAUCAGAAGUUAUACCAUGAAGUAUAUUCGGAAUGUACUUGCUGGUAUUGCGAGACUGUUCGUUCCUCUCAUAUUUCAUCCAUUGGCAAGGCCUUUGGGCUCUCGUCUAGCGAAAAAGUUGCGGAUGAGUUCUACGAGUCGGGUGCCGCCAAGUCGUGCGAUACCGAGAAUUCUGCGCACAUCAGCUCCCACAACGCCGUAACGUCCAGGGCGGUGGACCCAGAUAACCCGUCCAUGCGGUCUUCCAUGUUCGUCCGCAGCAAGGCUCAGAAGGCAUAUCAACGUCGCCUGGAUGAGAAUUACGAGAAGGCGCGCAAGCGGGCUGAGAAGAAGGGGCGAGAGCUCCCGCCAAGGGACACUUACUACAGCCACUGGGGAUACCCAUACGCGGCAUAUGGCCCUUUUAUGUACCCGAUGUAUUUUACACCCGGUAUAUACUAUGGCGCCGACCCCAACGUCGUUGCCCAGGAGCGUGUGCAGGGGGCAGUUGUGGUGGUGGAGUCGCUGCCGGAGCUUGCGGUGGUGCAGGAGGCUGCGGCAAUGCUGGAGGAUGCGCCGGAGGCGACGGAGGAGGAGGAGGGGGAUGCGGAGGAGGGUGUGGAGGAGGAGGAGGAGGAGGAGGAUGCGGCGGUGGAGGAGGAGGAUGUGGUGGUGGUGGAGGUGGCUGUGGAGGAGGAGGAGGCGGUUCGUGAUGAAGUGAUUUUGCAAUAUCGUCUACAGUUCUACUUUAUAUAUGCCAUGGCUUCAAUAAAUUGUCGCAGAAUAACC